AAAGACAGAAAGACAGAAAGACAGAAGGACAGAAAGAAAGACAGAAUAAAGACAGAAGGAAUGAAAGAGGCACAAAACAGGUGGACAAGUUGAGGAAAAGAGGCAGUCAUUUGAAAGCCUGUGAUGGAGUAUGUGCCGCUUGUUAAGCACAGGUCACACACAGAUGGUUAUCCAAGCCCAGGUUUGUCAGAGUGGCAUGCCCUCUCUUGCUCCUCUUCAAAGGUGAAAUGCAGCAAGAGUGGAGGGAGAGAGAGAGACUGGAAAAUGAGAGAGUGUCUAGAUAAGUGUUUGGAUAGACACAGGAUAGACACAGGAGUUAAUUUGUUGAUUGACAGAUCAAACUCAAAACAUUGACUGGCCUUGGGUUCCACACCAGGGAGGGAAGGCACCAGUGGGAGUGGCUGGCUUUCGACUGAUGGGACAGACAGCUCAUCAGAGAAUCCGGAAGGAGGGAGAGAAUGAGGGAGGAGUGUGGAGGUGAGGAACAGGGGAGGGAGCAAGAUAAUGUAAGGAUUAAAGUAGGGGAGGAGAUAACAAAACGCACAAACAGCAGAGAUAGAGGAGCCUUUGCCGAGAAAGACAGACAAGGACAACUAUUCGACAAGAUCUCUAGAGCAAGAACUAUUUUACCUUGUGAUUGGAAGCGCUACAGUGCAGCUUAUGUUUUGUGGAAGCAUUUCUGAAAGGUGCACUACUUGGGUAGAUGUGGGCAGGGAUACAGAUUCACUGCAACCUGUCUGUGAGGAACAUCACAAUAUCAGUGUGAAGUCAAAAUGACAGCUGCCACGAGACUAUUGGACGAGAUGUGCCAUCUCACGGCCCAGUCGCUGACAUCACUGGAGACCUCGGACCACUUCCAGGUGGUCAAGAUGUUAGGGGAGGGGUCAUACGGGAAGGUCAUGUUGGCUGUACAUCGGGAAAGAGGUCAACUAUGGAUCUGUUUUAAUCCUAACCCCAGUUUGCCUGGCCUCAUAUCUCCAGAAUGUCUUUCUUUCUUUUGUUCUGAUCACUUUUCUCUCUUUUCCUUCCCCCAAGGCACUCCAAUGGCCCUGAAGUUCUUUCCUCGUGAUUCCACAAAUCUCUUCUCCUUUUUGCGAGAGUAUAACCUCUCCCUCUCCUUCUGCACCCACCCAUACCUGACCAAGGCCCUGGGCAUUGCCUUCUCCACCCCCUCACAUUACGUUUUCGCCCAGCAAGCCAGCCUCUUCGGUGAUCUAUACAACGUCAUUGUCCCUGAGGUGGGUGUGGAGGAGGACUGUGUCCAGAGGGUGGUUUCCCAGCUGUGCGGUGCCCUAACCCACCUCCACGCCCUGGGCUUCGUCCACCGUGACGUCAAGCCCGAGAACAUCUUCCUGGUCGACGCUGCCUGCCGCUGGGUCAAACUGGGCGACUUCGGCAUGGCCAAGGCCACGGGAACCAAGGUACCUGGUGUGUGGUACAGUUCUGCUUACUGUACGCCCGAGGCAGAGAUAUCAAAGGAGUCGGAGGAUAGUAGACAUAAUACUGCUUCAAAACCAGAUGGAGGAAAUGGGUUGGACAGCAAGAUCAAGAGGGUGUGGGUGUCGGUGGAGGCCAGUACAGACUGCUGGGCCUUGGGGAUCCUCACCUACGCCAUGCUGACUGGCAGUCUACCCUGGACGCAGACAGCGUCCGACGACCGCUCUUACAUCAAGUACAAAGAGUGGUUUGACCAGCAGAAAGAUCAAGAAGGUCAGGACGAUGAACUAGACCUAUGGGGGGAAGGAAAAGACAAGGGCAUCGUGAUGAGUUUGGAUGAAGACAAGCAGAAUCGGAGCAGGAGAAAAUCCCAUCCGGUCGCCCCCCAGUUUGCCUGUUUCACCCCACUGGCCAGUUCCCUUUUCCUGUCACUACUUCACCCGCAGCCUAGGCUUCGCGGUAGGCCUGACGAUGUGCUGGGCUACCUGGGAGGAGACUGGUUGCAGGUGAAGGAGAAGAUACAGCUGGAGGAGGAGGAGAAGAAGAAAAUGAGAGGGCGAGAGGUCAUCAGCAACGAGAAAGAGAGGGAGGGAAGGGGAGAGGGAUAAAGGAGUGGCGACACACGAUCAUGAACUCACAAACUCAGAGGUGAAAGAGACAAUAUUUGUUGCCCUCCCAGAAGACAAUACAUAUCCUCUGAUGUGUCACAUUGUUGCUUAAAAAGACAUUGUACAGUAUAUAAUACCACUACACUUGCACUUUCUAUAAGAUAAAUAGCCAUCAAGUCAUUGUUGAUACUGGAUAGCAUUUGGGGACAGACACAGCUGCAAUUGGCUACUUUAGGGACUUGUAAGCACUUUAAAAGUAUCAUUUCAAUGUGUUCAAUCUAGUAAAUUCUAAGUGUGACUUGAUGAUGGUGUUUCUGUAUUCUAAUGUUUUUUUUAAAUAAUAUGUAAAUGUCAUCUGUAUGUCAUAUUGUGGUUGGAAUUGAGUCUAAUAAACAUUGUAUUAUGAAUUAUCA